GGGCCGCAACAAAGGCGGAUGGCCGCUCCCCUCCCUCCUCGCCCGGGUGCCGCCGUUUCGUACCCGCGCGGCGUCGGGGCCCUCAGCCGGGGGCCGCGGGGGCCGGGGCAGGUGCGCGCCUCCCGGGGCCUUUGUCCAUCCGCUGCUGGACCGCGUUGUGCCGGGUGUGCGCCUUGCGAGCGGCUGAACGGGGCUCUGCGGGAUGCCGCGGUCAUUUCCGAGCCCGUUUCCCUGUGAUUGGGAACGCGUUCAGCUCCGGAGUGCGUGUUCCCACGCUGAUACCUGAGCUGUUUGCCGGGGCACCUGCUCGGGUCCGCACGGGUGCCCAGGAAUUCCCUGAGGCAAAUCUAGGCACCCGCUUCUCCUAUCUCUGUGCUGCAGCAAAGCGCCGCUCUCUGUGUCUGCACUUCUGCAUUCCCACAUCGGUGUGGCACUGAAGGGCAUCAGCUCUGCGGCGUGCGCUGGUGUUAGGGCAAGGCUAGAGUGGUCGGUAAUGGCUGCUUGCGUUCACGGCUCUCAAAAUGCUCCGUAGACAUCCAUGAAGGCUCGGAUCCGUGCUGCAGAGGUUGUGGUGCUUUUCCCGUUCCCUAUUCACAGGUGGAGGUGCAGAUCAGAGACCUAAAAGGAUUUAAGUCAAAGAUUUCAGUUGCAUCUGGAACCUAAAUGAGGAUCUCACAGAUCCUCAGACUCCUGGCUGAGGUAUUUUCCUGCACCUCUUCUAAUGAAGUCAUCUCUUAUCUUGACUAGCUGCUCCCAGAGCUGCGCUGGGCUCUGCCAGCCCAUGUCUUGAGAUAAUUUUGCCAAGGUUUGUGUGCCUUUAGCACUGUGUCUGAUUAACACGGGUCUGUGGUUGUUGGUUGGUGCGUAUGGGUGUAGAACCUAGGAGCCAUGGAAUAGGCUCAGUGUUGGACAAGGCGUUGUAUGAUCAGACAGCAAAGUGUGCUGAUGAGGGAAAUGCAGAAAGGCCAGGUAUCUGCUGUGGCUUUGUCAGCCUCUCUCAUGGAAGGGAGAGGGUCUAUUUCUUUGAAAAGACUAACCUUGCAUUGUAAGGCGUACUUCCAAAAGCAAAAUAAGUGGUAACUGUAACCUAAAAGAUGCCAGCCAGCUUUUGAGAGCCUGUCCACUUGGUUUUGUGGCCCAGACAGGAGAUAGGCAGUGUUUGAGAUCAUGUUCCACCUGGCAUUUGCAGAGCUCUGGGCAGAUCUAGUCUUAUGAGAUAUUCUGUAAACCCUUAUUUCUCAAUAUUUAAUUUUGUAGAAGAUCAAGUUCCACUCUCACAACAAACACCCUCAAGAAACAAGAGGCCAAGCACCACAGUGCCGCAGUAGCAAGGGGCAUUGCUUCCCACUGGCAGACACAAUGCGGUAUCACAGUUUGUUUCCUUUCCAGUGUUUUGGAGGGACAGUUCUUGCAGAGAAGAGGGAGCAAGCAUAGCUUCAGGCCUCCAUUGCUGGGCAUCGGCCAAUUACUGUCAUAUCAGAUUAGCUCAAUGGCACAUUAUCACUCAUUUAUGUUAAUACAAAUGUAGCAUGACUGUUCCAUACUAUUGAUGAAACUACUGUAUUUACAGCCCUAUAAUAUGACUAAUUGGAAGGGAGGUUCUGGUUACAAAACCACGGACUUCCAAGGUGAUUCCUUCUGCUGCUUCCAUAAGGGCUAGUUUUGAACCAUGAAGAAUGAGCUGCUGGAAGACAUAAUCCAUUUUUUAUUUAGCAUUGAUGCAGUUACCGUUUUGGUAAACUCCAGGAAAAAAAAUGUAUCCUGUAUCACAAAAGAAACAGAAAGAACUUGUGUUUCUUUCUACCUUGCCACAAUCUAGGCUCGGUAACCUGUGCUGCAGUAGAUACGUCCUUGCCUCUGAGAAGAGCUCCUGCCUGCCUGUGCCCUGCAGGAAUCUGUCCCUUGACACCAGCAUUAGGUUUUCCCCAGCUGCCACUGCAGUGUAUGAGCAUGUUCUGUUUGUCCAGAGCAGCUUGGCAGCAGCGCUCAUGGAUGUUUGUGAGAUGAGAAGGCUUAGCAUGCAGUUCUUCAGCCAGGGCUGUAAAGCUGUCUGCAGCUUAGUGGCUAUCCUGCUCACCUGUCACCCGCUGGCAUGCAAAGGAUGCACCCGUUUGUAUCUGGGAAUAAACUAGCUCCUCUGGCCAGAGUUUCUGUGAGUUUCACAGUCCCUGCUUCAUAACGAGCUUGGCUUCCACCUGCUUGGCAGUUCACAGUGUCCCUAACAGCUGGUUCCUGGCGGCCAUUAGCACCUUGCAGCACAGGAACACCUUUCACUUUGAGUCUUGGGAGGAUGGACAAAGCUGGCAGCAUCAGUCAGUGAUCCUAGGAGAAAUAAGGAGGGGGCACAAAACAGAUGCAUGGAUGGAGAGAAAGAAGGUGGACUGAGAAGGUAUGUGACAAGGAGGGGAAAAUGGAGUGACAGGUGGGAGGCACUGUGGGAAUGACAGGAGGGGGAAGGAGGCAGGGAGCUUGGUGGCUUUUGGGAACAGAGGAAAGGAUUCUCCUCUGCUGCCAGUGGAUUGUGUUUUACUGCUCUCAGCUUUUGGAGCCAUUCAGCCAGUCCUGAGCCACUGCAGCAUGCUGCAGCGCUUGGUGUUUUCAAAUCCCCUUUACAGCAACAAAAGGUGAGCAGCUCUGGGAACUGUCUGGGAGAGGUGGGAUCAGUCACCUUGUCCACAGAGCCCUACCUGCUCAGGAGGGGCCCUGGGAAAAGCUGUGUUCCGGCAGCAGACACCAGCACUGGUUAUGUGAGGAGCUGCGAUUUGCUACAUCAAGGACAGCAAGGACAGUGGAAAGUCUAUGAUUUCAGGAAUUUGCUAUGGAAAGCUGGGACCCUCGGGAUGAGGUAAUGAGAAUAGCUGGAGAAUUAAGCAAUUCCCAUAUUCAUAAGAUGACAGAGUGCAGUUCCUUUGCCAAGGCUGUAUUAAAUAUGCUGAGGGGCAGAGGAGUUCUCUGGCUUUGCUAACAGCUGCUUCAAGGUGAAGCACAAGGGGAAAAGGGAAAAAAAAAUCUCAACCAUCUUAUUUGUUUAGCCAUGGAGCAACUCAGGGACCUCUGUGGGCUUUCUUAGAACCUGGGUUUGAGACAAUCCCCUCAUCUUCUAGAAAUAACCUAAUUGGGAAUUAAGUAGCACCUGGAAAGACUUAUUUCCAGGAAGGAACUAAAGAUGCUUUUGAAAUUCUUCUCUAUUUCCUCUCCUACACAGGAAACCAAAAAGCAGCAGUAUGUUCUUAUGAAUUGAUCACGGCUUUGUAUUUUGCAAGUGUUUUUAGCUAGAGAAAGUGUUACGCCCUUGCCUCCGCUGCUGUUGAAAUGCUUAAAGAUACAUGUAAGCAAAAAUAAUUUUUCCUUUGGGAUGUGAAGCUUGAGCAGAUGCCAGUGGCAGUUUACACUCUUGCUUCUUUGCUAGUGCUUGCAGGAGCAGCCAGACGCUGUGCUGGUUGUAGGUGCGGUCCUAGAGCUGCUCCAGUCGAACGCUGCACAGCCUGGCAGCUGGGAUCAGUGAUGGCAGCAUCCUGUCAGAGCUCAUUUGUUUGUGAUGGAGCAAUCUGAGUUUCUGGAGGCAUGCCGAGGAAGGCAGUCAGUGACUGAACUGUGACAGUGGCUUUCACCACAAGUGCACGAUUCACAAGACUGUCAGAGCACUGCUGGACUCAUGGGAGCUUGUACCCAAAGAAAGAAGGGAGUGAAGGACCAUCAGAUGUGAGGACAGGCAGCUCCAUUCAGACCGAGCAAAGAAGUGAUACAUGUUAGGUAGGCAGUGCUGCUGUGACAGAUUUAUCUGCUGACUUUGUAGCUUGCUUCAAGGACAACUCGCCUACCAUUUCUCAAUUGAGUCCUUGCUCAUCUUGAGGACGUUGCUCAGUAAACCCACCUUGCACAGAGAACAAGAGGGAAAGCAGCAAUUUGAAGUGUGACUUGGGCAGACUAGUAGCAGCUGCAGCCGGUGCUGAAUUGGAGUCCUCUGGACUAAUGGGGCAUCAGUGCUUGGUGAAGCUGAUCAGCACUGUGCUGAGGUACCCCUGUCACAUGUGGUGUUGCAGCUGCUGGGUUGUGGCCUUCCUGACUGUUUCUGGGAGCAGACAGCUGCGAUCCCUUCUGGAGUACCUUUCAAGACAGGGAGUAGCGGGGCUUUCAGUUCCCCCAUCCUGCAGUCGGAGCACAGAGCCUUCUGCAGGCAGUAUCUGCUGGGUGCUUGGAGCAACAGACAAGCUUUCCCUUUCCAGCAUCAUUCUCAGCUCAGAUCCCAAGAUGCAGAGGAGGUAGCUUUGCAGCAAGUAUGCGCUAAGAGGCAGUGCUGAGUGGACAGCCUGCCAAGAGACUUCUUGAUCUUGGUGUUUCUCUACCCUAAAUACACGUGAAUGGACAGCUGAAGUGCUCAGAAUUCCCUUCGGAGUAAAGUAGAGAGAAGAUUCUUUAGACUGGACAAGGUCAUCUCUAUCCUUCCCGAAAUGGGCAUACUUUAAUUUUUUUUUUGUCUUUUGGCCAUACCAGGUCAGAGAACCUAAGCCAUAUGCUGAAUAUAAGCCAGUGGCCUGACAGCACUGCAUGCCACUAGAGACAGGAGAUUUCACGUCACCUAGAGUCCCGUUUGUAAUUAACCAAGUUUUUGUUUUAAUCUUUGUUUCGUAUAGUAACUUACUGCAGCUGUGCUAAGAUCAUAUUCCUCUUUGCUGUAGAAGAGUGUUUCUUGUAAGGGAUCAAUACAGUUUCACUGCUGUGCUAGUUUAACCUGGAAAAACCUCAGGCCUGAACUGAACGGGGACCUCUCAAUUACAGAAGAUCUUGCAGCACUCCCUCAGGAGGCCUGGUUUGUGGUACUUAACUGUUUUGCACUAAUGUGCCCCAUUUUCUACCGCAGCUGUUGCAACAGCUUUGUUCUCUGUGUGCAAUCAGGGUUCAGGUUUCUGCAGUGUAAGAUAACUUGUCUGUGAGCCACAGUGCGGCAGCCCUCUUCCUACUUAGAGGGUGCAACAUGGUUUUGGAAAUCCAUGCCUUAUGCUUGGAGAAGCCAUACUUGCAGUGGGGAGACCUCACAAGUUGUUAGCACAGCUUCACUGAAAGCUCUGAGAGCGUCAUUGAGAACAAAGAGCAGCCAGAGUCACAGGUGAAAGAAAGAAAAGCAAAUCUGUUUCUGGAAGAGGAAAGAGUAAGCCAUGGAAGCUUCCCUUGCUGACAAGCAACGCCUGAGCUGAUAAGCUUUUGAAGGUUAGGAUGUAUAACUUCUUUGUUUGAGUCUUGGGAGCUGGGAAGGACUGACAUCCCACUCCAGGCUCUCAGAACCGAGCCUGCUAAUACCACAGGGCUUCCACAGCCAGUCACAUCUUUCGGGAAAGAUCUUGUGCCCUUUUUUCCAGGUUCUGUCUUACCUAAUUGCCAUACAACGAUGUCUCCAAUGGUCACAGUCACUGUUCCUAUGUACUAGUGUGCUAUUUCUGAUUACAACCCUGCAACACCUAUCCUGGCUGUCAGUGCGUACCUCAGGCUUUUCAUUGCUGUAGCAGCAGCAUGAAGCAAAUCUAUAAGACAGGUAGGCCUGCCCAGAAACACCCACAGACACUUGCAUAGCCCACAGCCACAUCAGCUGUCCCUUCCAUGCUUAUGACACUGCAGUGUGCAUUAGUGUGUAGCUUUUUUUUUUUUUUGUACCAGAUGGCUUAGGAAGAAGCUCCCUGCUCUGUGGUGGGGAAAGGAAUUUUUGUAGCAAGGAAUAGAGGGUAUAGCAGGAGUACCUGUGCUCAGCAGUGGGGAUGAGAGAGCGCAGCUCAGUAGGAGCAGGGAAGAGGCAGGACAGGGGGGUUAGUUAGGGCUGAUGAAGGCACCAAGGCAGCGUGAGCAACAUGACUCCACAUGAAGAAGAGCAAGGAGCAGGGUGUCGCUUCUAAAGUGGUUCCCUGCUUACCCUGUUGCUGUUUGAAACACACAGUUAGCAAUGGGAAAAAGCAAUGCCCUUGGACAGUGCCUCCAGCUUCAGAAGAGUUCUUCCAGCAUUGAAUUUGGCCUAUGGAUUUUAAUUACUCACCACUGUGAAAGUAAUGAGAGCCAGUGGAGUUGUACUGAUUUUAUUUCCUUUUAAUUUGUUAUGAUGCUCUGGAUGCAGAUUAACUUUCCCAGCUCGAUACAUAUUAUUGAUUCAUCUUGCCUUGUGAUGUGAUUAAUUGUUCAAACAAGUUGCCAAUUUCACUGUAGUGUCCCUUGGUAGCUCUGUGCUCUAUGCAGUGUCCUCCUUGCUCUGGCAGUAGCCAAAGUCAGGUAGCUCUGCUUGGUUGGGUUAUUUACAUUGGUAACUAAGGAUAAAAUCAGGUCCAUUGUAGUGUUUCUUUAAAUACAGCACUCCAGCUUCCUUUCUGCUCCAUUUACUCCGUGUGAAGGUUUGUGAUUUGAUGGAGAUGAGCCUGCUCCUGGGGCCUGCGCAGAAGAGUGAGCCUCACUGAGGGGAAUCAGCUUGCAAGGUGGGAGGAGAGCUGCAGGCUGGUGUCCUCCUGCAGAGUUCCUCCAACACACAGCUUCCUGGGAAGCCCCUUUGCAAGGUAGUGGCCAGCCACUCGCCCUGGUCCUCAUGUGGCAGGCUUGGUUGGUGGGCUCCACCUGAUCAGAUUAACUCAGGGGGAGUGUGGUGCUCAGAAGAGUCAAUGUUUUCUGUCCCAUCUUGGCUAGUAGAGAGCCAAAGGAGAAAGGGUACCCUUGUGCUGUGAGGGGAAGCAGGAGUCUGACUGCAGCACUGCAUCCCCUUCUGUGCUAGCCCCUUGGCAUGGCAGCAGGGGGCCAAGUGUGUCAGGACUUUGUGCCAUCUCAGGCAGCCGUGCUCAUAAUCUUCUGGUUCAAAACACUGCUUUGUGGUUACUGGUUCUUCAGACGUUAUUGCCACAUGAGACCAGUGUGUCCCUCACCAAGUCCAGGGGAACACUAUGGCAGUGUCAUAUCAUCACAGGCCAUUGGGUAUCUCAGUGCAGUCAUUGCACUGCUGAGUUUGCUGCAGCUCAGUGGUUGUUACCUGAUUCCUGAUGAUGGUUAUUGGUGCCUGGGGGCAUUCCCUCGAGCAGGAACUGCGCUCAAGCCAGAGUAGCUUUGCCUCAAUUCAGAGAAUCUGAACAGUAAUCUGAGGUGUAAAAUAUUAUUUGCUAAUCCUCUUGAAAAAUAUCCAUCAGCUCCAUGGACAGUUCUAAUGCACAGGAACAUAUGUGCUGACCAUGCAGUGCUGGGGAGGCCAAGACAAAGGAGAUGAGAGGUAAGUACUGGUUUGUCUUUUCACACAGCUUACUUUAGGGCUUAGAAGCCCAUAUCCAAUUAGAGCAGCCAGGCAAUUAACAUCAAAACGGUUGAGCCUCAUCUUUAUUUAGCGUAUGUUAGUAUGGUGGUGGUAGCUGCAAGGAGGCUUCAGAUUUAUCUGAGGAAGUCUGGUCCUGCCUCUGUUAUCUCCGUCUUGCAGAACUUCUGUUUUCAAACAUUGCCAUGUAUUACUUGUCUGAAGCAUUGUCAAAGCAUCAAUUUUCUAUCUGUCUCUGUUUUCCUUUGCCUCCAGUGCUCUCCUGUGUGCCUGUCUGCCAACAGCUGCUCACGCUGACCCCUGAACAGUGAGGAGUUGCUGUCACCAGCUUCUUCAGAGAUACUGGGCAACAGCUUAGGAAAGCGCUUUUGGAAGACUGGAAAAUAGCACUAGGCAGGAAAACUGAGGCGCAGUCGGAAGCUGGCAUAUGUCAGCACCCUAGCGAGACUGGGACAGUGUCCCACAGACACCUGUUGUGCAUUAGCUUAGCAGUGUCACAUUGUCCUUGCACCUGGUAGCAUUUCCCUAGAAUACUCACUUAGGGAGAUCAAAAGCCUUGAGGACCUAGUGGUUCACCAGAGGAGGUGCUUAUGCUGCCCUAAGCAAAGCUGUGCAAGUACUCGCUUUUGGCUUCGUUCCACCAUACCCGCAGGGAAGAUAAAAAAGCAUUUAACAUUUUUUUUUUUCCUCUGCUUAGACUAAGCCAAGUUGAUCACUUGGCUGGGCUCACUCCUCAGCAGCACGGAGUAUGUCACCAGUGAGCAUGGCACCAGUGAGGGCACCCAGCCACACCAGCCUUACAGAGACCCAGCCAGUUCAGCUGCAUCCAUUUUAUUUCUUUUAGAUGGGAAAAAAAUUAACAGAAGCAUCUAAUUUGUGCUACUCUUGAUUUAUACCAAUCUUGCCUUCCUUUCUGCCUUCUGAGAACUAGGCUGCUUUAUUCCCUUGUCUAACUGCUUUUUUUGUUACUUAGACUGAGAAAGAAGAAACCAGGUGAAUGUUUGAACAGGAUCUGGUAACCACCCUUCCCCAAAACUGUCUCCGCUGAAGUGUACUUUUAAUAUGUUCCUGAAAAAAAUAGGGCUGUAUUGGAAAUGGUGAAACUUUUGCUUCUCCACUUCCCUGGCUGUCUCUGCCUCACAGAAUCACUUGAAGGAAACAGUGUAUCUUCAAGAUUUCUUUGGCAUUUUCUGCUGUGGCAGUUUAUUUAUUCCUUUAAUGAUGAAAUCCCUUACUCCCAUCUCCAAGCUGCAACUCCCCAGAGCACUGCCACGUGAUUGUAUCUCAGGGAUGAUGUCUUGCUUGGAGAAAAUGCAGUAAAUGCCUGCUGGUCUCCUGAAGGAAGAAAGCAAAGAAAGCCAUGUAGCAGUUGUUGUAGUCUGGCAAUUUAAGGGGGCAUUGUGAGAAGAAAACUGGUGAGAGGCCAGAAAACUUUCCUUGAAAGUCCAUUCUAUUCUACUGGAACAGAGGUCGCAGAGUUCAGUUAAUUCAAAUAAUUAAAGCACACUGCUUUCUCUGAUGCUCAAGCACCUUAAGGAAAUGAAUGGCCUGGUUCUCACGGGUGCUGGCAGGUUCACUUUAUUAACUAUCUUUUACCGGUAUCAGAGUUGAAACACGGGGGUUGGAGUCCAACAGACACGGGGAAAUCAGGACCAGACCUCGGGUCUCAUGUGUUACCAGGUACAACCUUCACUGCAUCUCCCACUCUGCAGCUGUAAGAGCUACAGUAAUUGCUUCAUUUGCACGCUAGGGUGAGAGGAUGCAACAUCACUUUGUGGCUUCUCUGAAUUAUCUUUGCCCAUGUCCACAAAAAGCUCGGGGGUAAAUCAGUGUGACCUCCCACAGAGAGGAGACAGACAGUUAGAGGAGAAAGUGCUGCCUUCACUUCACUUCAAGGCAGAGGGAGUAGGCUUUAAUCUCACAAGUGAUUGAUGGUGCAGUAUUUUUGGAGAGGAGUGAAAAGAGAAGACGUUGGUGGUCUUUUCUCACGGGGCUAGGUCAGAUGUCUCAGGAAGUCAAUUGCUGACAUCAGAGUACUUCUACCAAAAUAUUGCAGCCACAGAGGCCUGAGCAAAAUCAUUUGCUUUGGUUGAAGCAAGAAUGGCACCUGGAAAUAAAAUCUGACUUGUGGCAAUUAACAGAUGUAGAGAUCUCUCCGUGUUCCUCAGGGUCUUGAGCCAAAGGCCUUCUUGUCUAUCUGAAUAUGAUUCAGAGCUGCUGCACCAUCACUGCAUCACAAAUUCUGGUGGAGGACAAAGGUAGGCAGUGCUAACUAGAGCCGGAGCUGAGAUCAGUACCACUGCAUGAUUGCUGGAAAGAGAGAAAGUUCUGGACUUCUGGGAGGGUCUUCAUCUGCAGUUAGUGGAGGGUUUCAUGGCUGCCUUAGCAAACCUUAUACGAGCAGCUGAGAGGCAGGAGGGUGUUCAUAGCAUUUAUCUUUUUCCUAUUUCUUUAUUAACUUUAAUUAUUCUCUUCUGCAGAAGGAAGAAAUAGAGGAAGAGAAAUGUGUGUUUUUGUGUGUUUUGUCUAAUUACAGUUGCUUGAUUUUCCUUCUGCUUUUAGACAUUUACUGAAGGUUUUACUAUUUACCAGCACAGUUGAAAAAGAGUCCUUGUUUCAUCAAGUGGCAUAAGAUUAAGUUAACCAUUUUCUUUUCCAAGUCCACUGACAUGCUUCCAAAAUCCAGCUCUUUCAUUGCCCAGACUGUGGGUAAUUUGAUUCCUGUGGUAAUGACAGCCCUUAGCAGCAGCAGACAUUAUGCCUUAAGGUCUCUGCACUGAGAAUGGUGGUGCCUACUUCUUUGCAUGACCAGUUAAUAUAUUUUCAAACAUACUGCCUUGUUUUUCUGGUCAUUAUCUUCAGACAUCCUUAGCUUAUGGUAAAUAUAAAAGUCCAAGGUUGAUUUUGGAAAGAAUCAUGAAAUAUAGAACCAUUAUGUUCUGCAAAAGUUGAUGGCUGAGGCAGAAUGCUUCGUGUAUUGGUAAAAAUCCGUGGUGUUAGUUGGGUGUCUUCCAUUUGAGAAACCUUGGCUAUUUUCACAGAUGGCAGCUGCAGGACCUCAGUGGCAGGAAUUAGGGCCUCUCACUUCACACAGAGAAAGCCCUUCAACCUUUAACUAGACAAUCUUCAAUUUGUUUUUAGCUAAAGAUUUUUAGGCACUGUGAGGUGCUAAAGAGGAUCUUGCUGAGCUCCUAUUACCUCAGCAGCAGCUGAUAUGUAAUGAAUUAUUCAAGAAUAGCCAGUUCCUUCAUUAAUUUUAAUUACUCAAAUUUUCCACCAUGUUCUAGACAGUGCUGCCAACUGGGGUAUGAUAAGGUAAGCCCAUUAUUUCCUGAGGCCUUUUUCAUUGUGUCCAGGUUUACUUACCUGAGGGCCUUUAUUGUUAACAAGAGAUUAGUAGCAAACAGUGCUAAUUAGGGGCAGAUCUACAGUGGUCAGUAGAGGCAACAGAACUCCCCUGUCUCUUGUGGGAUCCCAAAGCUCUGUCCUUACAUAGGGAAGGUGCUUCUGCAUAUACAGAAGUGGACUCAGCUGCUAAAUGCUGACCUCUGGAACAGAGUGUAACCCUUCAGACAGAUGGCCUGGACUCUACAGCAGCUAAUAGGCACUUUCCAUCUUUCCUACCGACUUGUUCUCUUGAAAUUGUUACUAGGUCUCUAAUAUUUCCCCAGAGUGGGCAGAUUGUAGCAUUAUGAACCAACCUCUUUAGUGAGCAUUACGUGGGUCAGUCUGGUAGGUAGCCAUGCACUAUUGCUGGUACAUAAGCAAGCAGCAUCUCAGUAGCCUGCACAAAUCCCGUCCAAGCUGCUGAUAAACCUCUGCACAACAUAAUAGCUGGCACAGUAACCUGAAAGCUAAUUUGGUGACUCUUGUAACCUAUCUUUCCCUGUGUUUCUGCCCAAGCUCAACAACAGAAAAUGCUUUCUGACUCUGAAGCACAGUAUUAGCAGUUUCUGUACAUCUCUGAGUGUGCAGAAACAUUCUUGUUCAUGGGCUGUCAAUCUCAAAAUUACUCAGCCUUUUGUUUGCUUCCGCUCUCCUUGCUGGAAAAGAAACAAUCUCAUGAUGGAGUUAAAGGCAAAAGGAUGUUGUAUGUUACCUAUAGAUUUUAUUUUUUCCAUAUAGUACUAGGUUGCAUAAAGAAGUGAGACUGAACUAUUUCGUCCUUUCUCUCCUCUGUAAACUGCAUGUUACAUAGGUCAGGGGAUUUCUCCAGCACAGGUCUUAGGAAGGAGUUAGCACCUAGGGCCCUUAUCCUUCCUGUACUCAGGACAGGUGCAUUUUUUUACCAGACAGAAGCAGAGGAUCUGCCCCAAACCCAUUUCUACAGUCGCUGCACCUGCCCCUGACCAUUCAUAUCUUCAGAGAGCUUAGUUUGUCAUAAGGACACAAUCAGGUGUAGCCUAGCUGUGCUUUACAAUGUGUGCAAGGAAGGCAGAAAUCUCUGUAGCUGCUUUUGUUAUCACGUAUUUUUGGAGAGCUAAGAUGAACUGUUGGGAGAAGAGGCUGGACACCAGCAGUGCUGGCCAUGGUGAUGAAUCGGUCCGUGGGUUAGUCCAUGAGUACCUAACCUGCCAGAACCUACAUGGUUCAUAUUCAUGAAUGUGCUGCUAACAAUGCAUUCAAGUACAGCAGCUUAUCCACAGCCCUGGCACUAAGACUUACUUUGAUUGAUUGAUGAAGGUCAGACCUUGCUAAAGGAAGGUCACGGUUAUGGGAGUUUUAAUUGUUUGAUCUUUGCGGAUGGAAUGUGAAAGAAUAGCAUCUAAUAGUGAGAAAUCAAAGUGUGGCUCCUCACAGUCUAUUAAAUAGCAAUAUCCAUAUAUUUGUGUUUCAAGAGGUGGGAAGAAUAUCUGCAGAUCUCUGUAACCAUUGCACCAGCUGCCUCUUCUCAUCUGCCUCACAUGGACGCUGGGCUCAGUUCCCCAUGUCUUACCCAUUCCUGCUACUCAUCACUGCCCCCAGAAGAUUGUUCGAGGCCUUAAGACCUGGACCAUGAAGUCAAGUGCCUACCUGUAGUCUGCUGUGGUCUAGCUUCUCUUCCCAGCUAACAGGAACGUGCUGCUCUUACAUUAUCUUCCAAAGUGACCCAAGUCUAAGGCCACUAAUCUCAUGUUUGGUAGUAAAGCAAAGAAAGCAAAUCAUCUCAGAUUAAUCUUACAGGGCUCCCAGGGCAGUUACUGCUGAGCAGCUGACAGAGGUAGCUUGCUACUUACUCUACGUUCACGGCACUGCUGCUGUCUGUUCACAGAAUCAUAGAAUGGCCUGGGUUGAAAAGGACCUCAAAUAUCAUCUAGUUUCAACACCCCUGCUGAGUGCAGGGUUGCCAGCCAGUAGACCAGGCUGCCCAGAGCCAUUUCAGUGUUGUUCCACUUCAUUUUGGGAAUGAAACUAUUCUGUUUUUAGGACCCAGCAGAUUUCCACUGCUUCAUGCUAUCAUUAAUCCUGCAGCUUUUUCUUUCCCCCAUUUUUUUUUUCCCUUAUCAGUUUUGUACAACUCUUAGCUUGUCAUUUUAACUUACUACUUUCUGUUUUCCCCAGUGUACCACACCUGCUUUCACUUUCCUAGUAAACAAGAACCCUAUUUUUUUUUCCCAAGCCAAUGUAUUUAUUUUGCUCAGUCAUGGAGUGGCUAUUUUAAAACUUAACAAAAAAAAAAACACCAAAAUUCUCAAUUCUCAUUUUUAUUCUUCUGCUUAAGGCUCCUUUAUGAUCUGGCACAUGGUUGUUUUUAGCUCUCUAAAAGCAGCGUUUUCAGAGUCAUAAUGAUAGAUAAUUGGUUUGUACUGGGCUGUUUGCACACAGCAAACAUAACUGCGUGCAGAUCACUGGUAACUAAGCAACCAGUUAUGUUUUUAAUUCUGUGAUCAAUUCCUCGCUAUCUAUCAACGUUAAGUCUAACACAGCGUGUGCCCAUAAGGGAUGCAACAAGUUUUGGAGUUCACAUCCCAUCAUCUAUAGGACUGGAAGUACUAGCAGCACGAGGCUGCUGGCUUACCACUCUGACUGCAGGCUCUGGCAGGUGUGCAGCUUUUGUCUUUGUGGAUGUGAAUGUUUAAUGGUCUUGUAGUCUUGAUGGCUGAGGUAAGUAGUACCCAGAAGUAGUUAAUUACCUGCCCGAUUUUUUUUUCUGUGAUUUUAGGCAGCGAGAGCAAACACUUUUGCACUUUAUCUACUAAAGCAAAUCCUUAAUGUUCAAAGGAUUUCCUUUGUGUUGUUUGCCAUUUGGAAGUCAGAAAGGCCAUUGACGCCAGUCUUGAGUUGCUUUACUCCCACAUCCACCCUGGAAGGUCAUCUGGCAGUGCUUGCUGCAUGGGGCAUUUGAAAACUCUUGGUUUUCUGUUCUUUUGUUCCAUGAUGAACGCUUCUUUCUUCUAUUAACCUGGGAAAGUAGUACUCCAAAUCCAAGGGCUCAGGAAACUCCAUGCCAGGGAGCAGCAAGAGGGAUGUCCCUGGUGAGGAGGCUGAAGUGGGAGCCAGCAGCAGGACAGUUUGGGACAGCAGUCUUGGGAAGGGGGGCAAUCCCACUGUGCCCACAUGGGAAGAGCAGAAUAGGCCCCAUGACUGUCUCUAAAAUGCAAUGAGCAUUUCAUGGUGCUUAGAAAGAGCUUUGCAAGCUCUAUCUCCGGAGUCUCUGCACUUCCCCCUUCUUACUAUUGCUGCUUGCUGAAAAGAGCCAUAUGGAUUUUGUGCUGAAUGUCACAUAAAUGCUAAUACGUAAGUAUAUUUAGCGGUGGCAUAUGGGCAAUAGUAAAUGGAAAUGAGUGCAUUUUUGGUUCCAAUUAUAUAGGCAAGUUCAGUGAAGCUAGAUGCUCCAGUGGGUUACAGGAAGCUCCAUUCACCUGGAUCCCAGGACCAGACUUUGUCUGGGGCUGUGUGUGCGCUUGGCUGCUCUGCCUGACUUUAUCAACAGUGCUGAUGUUUGCUAGCAGGUGUAGUGAGUCCUGAAGACUUCAGCCCUUGCAAAAAUAAAACCCACAACAUACAUUCUGAUUUGGGUGGUACUGCAGGGCAGUCAGCAUCCUGGCUGUCCUUUAGGGUGUUAGAACAGGCACAAAUGUACAUGUUAGAGUCAGCUAUGUGAGCUGGCUCUGAACUGAGUCUGUCUGGCAGCUUCCAGGCUAGCUGAUGUCCGUACAGUCACUGGUCAUGGUAAACCUACAAAAUGGACUUUGCUCUUUAUUUUUUCAAUGGUUGGAUGAUUUAAUCUUGGAACCCCAAGCAAAAAAAAAAAAAAAAAAGAAAAAGAAAAAAUCCAAGCUGAGCAGAGAUGAAAAUUUUUCAUGAAGCUAGAUGGUAUCCCCUUCGAUGAUAAUGCCAUGAUUUUAUCUGCUCUGAUUAAAAGGUUAAUUAGAUUUAGGGCAUUUAUACGCAAAGGAAAAAUGACAGGAUCCUGACAGAUUUCUUCAACUUGCUCGGGGGUUUCUUUAUAGCAAAUCUACUGCAGUCAUUACAUUACCCGCUUUUGUCACAGCCUGAUGUCUCUUGUUUAUAGCCUCGCCUGCAACAUUAAAUAGCAGCCAUAAAGCAUUUUGCUACUGGUCCUGCCAGCUGAUGAGUCCAUUUGAAAGCCUGCUCAUCUCACUGCAUGCGUUUCUCUUUGCAUAGGGAAGUAGUUAGCUUUGAAUGUCACCCAGUCCUAUGGAGGCAAGUGGGAAGAUGGAUUAUGCUGGCAGUAAUCCAUCCAUCUGUUCAUCUGCCAACGCUAAUGUUUAGCUUUUCAGGCUCCCAGUUGUCUUAAAUAAUGCUGACCUACAGGAUCUGGGGUGGGAAAGGUCACAUAGCUCGUUUUGUCUUCCAUUUCUUAAGUGGUAAUUAAACGUUCAGAGGUGUUAUAGCUACAUGCAGGAAUCUUGACAGGCAAUAUUUGUGAAGCUGAGGUUAAAUCCUUUUCUGAGGUGCUAUUGUAUGAGACUCUUAACAUCAUAUUGGCUGUAGCAUAUGCACCAUCUUUUCAGGGUGCUUCUUAAAAAUGGAAUUUGUGAAGGUUUCAGAUCUGCUCACCAGUAGUGACAGGGUAUCUGCAGAGACAGUAUGUCAUCUCUUUUGAUUGAUAUUUCCCAACUGUAGUUCAGCUUUGGGUAGGUGUCUGUACUUGGAGACAACUGCAAAGGCUUCAGACUUCAGUGCUGUGUAGGAGCCAAAUUAGUUAUUAGAAGAAAUCUGGUUGUUUGCCUGCAGCUCAGCCAUGAUGCUGCUCCUAGAUCAGCUUAGUCCUGCCUUGAUAAUUUCAAUUAGCAGUCAAAGGUUUUUGUCAGCUACUGUGAUCCGUGCCUUAUUUUUCUUCCCAGUUGUAAAAAAAAAAAAAAAAAAAAGGAGAGAGAGGAUAAGAAACAUUUUGCAGAAUGGAAGGAAAGUCAUGAUGUCUCUUAUUGCUAGGGAAACGGAGCUCAGAGCUCGUUGGGAGCAGCCAGCUUCAGAGCCUGCAGCAAGAUAGUGGCCUAGGAAGGGCCACAGGGUAUCUUGAGACUGGUUCUGUGUCUCCUUCACACUUAGCACCAUGGGACUACACGGCCAGUACCUGAGAUCCAUGGUACAGGAUGAGAGCAUCUGGCUUAAUGUCCUUAUCUUCUCCCUCACUUGCUUAGAAAGAGCUGCAGAACUGCUGUGUUCAUUCUGACUUUUCUUCAGCAUCUUACUUGUGUAGUGGCUGACCCACACUGCAAGAAGAUGCAGUUUACUCACACAUGUUAUCUAGAGCAUCCAAGCAAACAAACCCAUUUUCUUACAGCUGAUUUUAACGGAGGGGCGUGUCUUGCCUCUUCCUCCAUCACCUUUCAGAGUACAAACUAGUGAAGCACCAAAAAGAUGAAGUCCAUUAGCAAUAUGGAAAAGCUGAAAUAUAUAAAUGUGGUUAGGAGCAUCCUUAGAGCAUAUUUGCUGAUAUUAAUCAGUCACAGAAUUUGUUUCUUAAUGGUGAUGGUAUAAACAUUGCCAGUAAACUACUUGUGGCAUGAUGCGCGUGUAACAAAGAUCUUAUUUAAAGCAGAUAUUAAGCUCCUACAGCCUCCCCCAUCUCCCAGAGCAAAAAACCAGUUUCUGACUAUGUCACCACACCUUGUUUGUGGUGAAACCUUUCUUCCACUCGUGAUGCUCACAGCUGCCCAUUUCCUUGUUCCUAGCUGGGGGAAAGAUGAUGCUGCACUUGGUUCUGUGCACCCUGCCCUGGCCAGCAGCAGGUCAAGCAGGACAUGAAGCUUGCUAAUUGCUAGCCACAGCCUUUCCUGUAGGGAGGACACCAACUGGAGUCUUCUCCAGCCAUCAGUGUUCCUAAAGCACCUAAUAUAGACAGGCUGACAAAAGGAGCUAGGGAAAAAAAUCAUUUUCAUAGCUAAUUGAAGUAGAGGUGAAGGGAAGAGGUGCAAAUCCAAGUUGAAAGAGCAGCCUUUGUCUCUGAUAGUCAGCUGGGAAAAAUAAUUUACUGGAGCAUUCAAGAAUAUGAAACACAAGCAAAUAAAUGAUGCUGACAGUCUGAUCAAAGGGUUGCUAUAUGAGAGAAAGCCUCUGUCAGCGCUGGUUAGGCCUCUGUGUGCUUAGGAACCUUGCCUAAUAAAUUUGAUGAGCAGCCACAUGUGAUGUAGGGGGAACUCACUGAAUUUUGCUCUUGGGAUCUGUUCGUGCCAUAAAGUGCUUUCAGACUCCACAGUCGAUUAAGAUCCCGUUUAUCAAAGGAUGCAGAAGAGAGUCACAGGGUGAUUUUGUCCCAGGUCUUGGUUCACGUGGGAGUGUAGGAUCUGAACGCACGAGUGAUGGAAAAGGUGAUAUAUCACUUGGAUCUGAUCUACACGGGGACAGUUACUGGCAAGACUGGCAGUGUAAUGACAUUUAUUCCAUAAUGACAGAUCCAAAACAAUAACAACUUUCUGUGAUAAGUGCCUUCCAGGUGAUUACUUACCUGAAACUGUACCGCUGUUAGGAGUAAAAAGUUCUUUAGUGAGUUUAUACGUGUUUAGAGCAACUCCUAGACAAAACACAGCAGAAAAGAUAGAACCUUUGCUAGGAUAAUAAGCAUGCUCUAAAAUGGACUAGUUGUACUAAAGUCUGGCCCACAAAACAAGUACUUCGCAGUUUGUACAUCCCUCAAUAGGCUCAGAUAAAUGAUGUGUGAAGAGGAAGAAGCCCACUGAGAUUUUAUUGCUUCUUUGUUAUGAUGUCAGUAGCCUGGAUUAGAAAUGUUAUUCCUUGAGAAAGCAAGGCCAAAGAGAGAACUGACAUUUUAGAAAGCCAGUUCCUGUACCCCGCGUCCCUGGAGCACUUUGUGCAAGGUGACAGUGCCCAACUGCAAGCAGAGCACAGCCUGUCCUUGCCAGCGGUCACUGCUUCAUUACUCAGCUCAGAUGAAGGGUAAGAGAUCACGCUACACUGUGUACUACAGAGUAGAAAGCUGCGAGGAAGUGCACUGUGCUAAGCCUCUGGAAAGCAAAGCAAAGAAGGCAGUGUGGCGGCGGCUUUUCCACACUUGAAACAGCUCUGGAAAGGCAGGAGGCUGCUGGUGGCUAUCGUGGCGGCUGAAUGAAAUUGUCACUUGUGAUAAGGCCUUUUGAGAGCUGGGGAAACUCUUGGCUCUUCGCCUACUGGCAAGGCUCCAAGUGAUUUCAUUGGAGCCAAGUUUUUGACUCUGUAUGUGAAGUAAAUUGCCAGGGUGAAGCUGCAGAAACAGCGCCUGGUAAUGAAAGGCCUGCAGAAAUCCUCGUACUACCGAAGCAGCAGAGUCCUGCUGCUGGCAGGAGUGUUGGCGCUGGCUCUGCAGAACACUGUCUCGUUCCCGUAAAAGGGAGGAUGAUUCAGGAAGUGCACAGUGCCGCUGAAUCCAUUCUGGCUGUCAUUUAACUGUCCCUUUAUAGGCAAACUCACGCUUUUGCGCAGAAUUUUUUUGACCCACUUUUUUUCCUAGCUUUCCCUGAAUUCCCACCAGUCCCAGGGACUAUCCAUCAAUAUCACCAUAGCAACGAGAAGUCGUUAAUGCUGUCCUGCCUAUCGACAGGGUGUACACGGCGCUGAGCUGGAUGGUGGGCUGUCACCAUCAGCUCCAGGGAGAAAGGAAAGAGCUUCGGGCCUCUGUGGAGUCAAACCUCUCCAUCUCCAUCCUCUGCCUUCCCCUAGGGGGGUCCUGCAUUGCGUAGUGAUGGUAAGGGACAUCUCUCUUUCCUUAGCAAGUCGUGAGCAGUGUGUGCUGCAGGGAACUGCUGUUAGGAGAAGCUGGGGCUGGGUUUGCUGCAGAAGUAUUGUUAAAUGUGCCUCUCUUGGGUUUGUUUGCACAGGGCUGUGGCACUGAGAGAUGCUUUACAUUGCAAAUAAGCGACUUAUCCAGCAAGCCUACAGGGAGUUCCAAGCAAAGCAGGAGGCUCAGGGGCCAGGAAAGGGGAAUGGCAAGUUAAACUGCGAGGUUAGAUAAAAGACAUGUCAUAUAACUCUGCUAAAUGGUAAAGGAAGGGUAAUUCUCAGCAGAUGUAAAUUAGCAUUGACAAGCUCUACUGAUUUACACCCAACUCUGGUCUGGCCCGCUGUCUGAUUAGAUGAAAAGCAUCAACAUCUGAAAGGGAGGGGGUUGUUUAGAGAGGCCCAUGGGGAGACUUUGGGAUUGAGGAGUUGAAAAUGUGCAAACAAGAAGAAAAGAAAGAGACUUUCUUCUUUCUAUUAGGUAGGAAGAGAAAAGGCUUGUGAUGUUCUGACGCAGAGGCAGAGCCUGGCCAGCUGCAGCAGCUCUCUGUCAGGGCUCUCACUGCCUGGUAAAACGGGCAGCAUGCAGCUUUGGACCUUCUUAGGACAAAUCCCUGGGCUGACACAGUUGACUGGAACAGCCUUCCCAGGUUUUCUUCAGGAGCAUUGCUUCGGACCUCCAUACUCAGCAGGGUGGGCAGCGUGACUGCCUGUGGCCACCCUCACUCAGCAGGACUGUCAGCACUGCUGCAUUCCAGAUUUCCUCACGCCAAACCUGCCUCUGCAAGCAGUACUCCAGUGCCUGGCAGCCUUGAGAUGUGACCAAACAAGCCAUAGGAUGAGAUCAUCUCCCUGAUUCUCCAGAGCAUCUCCCUCCUCCCUUGGGCAUCAUUCUGAGCUCACCAGUGGGGCAUGCGCUGUUGGCUUGGAAGGACUCUGCUCGUCCACCUUCCAUCAGCUUCAGGAGGUGCUGGACUAGGUCCCAGUGCAAUCAGUGAACUAAAAUCAAUAGAAUUACACUGGGAGAUAUUUUUCUGCCAGCUUUCGUAUUGCCUUGUUGGAAAUUCCAAUGCAGUAAGACACUAAUGCACUCAAAAUUCAAGGUUUAGGGAGCAGAAGCUGAUGACAUAAAUCUUACUUGCAGAACUAGUGUGUGAUUUCCUUCCUCUGCCAUAUGCAUUUUAAAGAGCAGGCUGGGACUCUUGGGGCAAUUUUAGAACAAGAAAUUAGGAAUCCCUUCAGCAAUCCUGAUGGAUCCAACUGUAUAGGACUGGUUCUGUGUUAACACCCUGUUCCUUCUUGGUUGUGUCUUGCUAGUCUGACCAGGAGCAUCUCCACCUUGAAAAAUUUCCACCGUCAGCUGAGAUUAAAUAAUGGGUUAAAUUAUGAUGUUAUAAAGCACUUGAUUUUAUUUUCCAUUUAGUAUGACUUGAUUUUUUUUUUUUACCUCUUUCUUGCUGCUGACAAAAUUCAUCUGUGCCUGCUCCUUCCAAAACUAUUUGCUGCUGUGUCGGAGUGGGAACUGGGUGGUGGCAGUCUGUACAGCGGGCUCCUGUCUGGCUUUGUGCUUCCCAGAACUGAUAGGGGCUGGAUGGGUGUCCCUGGUUCAGAUUUACCUCCAAGAAGCAUGUGCAGCUGAUCUGGGGAUCUUGGAGCCAGACAGGGAACAGGGUUGGGGGCUGUAAUCAGUUCAGGCUAAUGGUGCUUGCUGUGUGCUAUUCCAGCACCAGGAUGGAUGGUGGACAAGAUCUGCUCCAUGUGACCCAAGGGCAUGGUAAUGCUUGGUUCAUGGUGUGUACGUGUGGCUGAGAAGUUGAUGUGAGUCCCAAAUGUCAGCUGAGUCAAGCUAAGCAUUGGCUCUGCUUGAUCAUAAACCCCACGGGCUCUUUCUCCAGCUUGAAGAGGGAAGUGGAGUGGCUAAUGGUGUUACAUGAAGUGCAGAAUCUGUUGUUCAUAUGCAGGGUAACAGGUGCUGUGGGUGAUCUGUCCCAGGAGUGGGUUUCAUUGCAAACAGAACUUAUUUUCUCCCCCUCAGGAGUCAUCCAGUGGAGUGCAGGGUGCUGACCCACUGGAAGCUUGGCUGGUGCUGGGUGUUGCUGCCUCCUAGGGUGCCUCAGAACAUUUGCUGCCACGUUGCUCCAGCUGGGACUCCAGAUGUCACAACUGCGUCUCUAAGAACCUUUACUAUGUAAACUGAGGUACUCAGCCUUCUUUUGCCACAAGGUGAAUGCCAAUCUGUGCAGUCCCUCUGCUACAUUGUCAGGAGGACUGUUGGAGCAAUAUUGUCCAAGAGACAGAGCGGUGCAUCAGUGAAACAAAACAAGGUACUCAUUCCCAAAGUCAAGGAAACAGCUCGGAGCUCAGGUCACCUUGAAAGUACACUGCCUGAAAUCAGUGAGCUGCCCUUUCCUUAGAGGCAGUCUGGAAAUAUCCUGUCAUCACAGCCUUUCUGAAAGAGGAACACAAGGAGAAAACUACGCUGUGUCAUAAGAAGAAGCUGCUCAGACUUAAAGAGCAGCCAGAAAAAAUUCAUCAAGGGCACUGCUGCCAAGUGCACAGAUGUGUGGAACAGUAGGGCCCCUCAGGUGAAACCUUUCGUGUCAGUCAAGCAAAUUUCCCAAACAGCUUAAAAAACUCCACAGAAAGGAAGCCAAGAAUGCUUAAGACCUUCAAGUGAUUCCUUCAAAUUUUGAGAUUAGUUUUCCAACUACCUUGAGAAUAUUUAGGAGCUAAUCUGACCAAAAUAGGAGUACACAUAAAGUUACAGUAAUUCCUACAUUCUCCAUGGCGGAAGUGUAUGUGCCAUAGCGGGAUGUUCCUAUGAUGUACAGCAGAUUAUACAGAGAAAUUCUUUUUCUCUAGAACACCUGGACGCUAACCGUAUACCUUUGGCUGCUCUAAUCAGCCAGUCCUGACCUUGGCCAAGACCAGUUCUUUUUCUAGAAACGAUGGCAAUGGUGGAGGUGCUUUGAAAGCGACGUAAGUUAAGCAGUGAGCGCCGAUGGGCUGCGUGAACCUGUGCUGAAUGCAGUGGGAUGGGGGAAGAGGUUAUGGUUUUCUCUAUGUUCUCUAGUUUUGAGACCAAGAUGGCAGUUUUUCCUCUUGUUAGCUGUCCUGAUUUGUGCCGUGGAGCAAACAAUGAAAGCAGUGGUGAAACUGUAAACUCAGGGAAAGUCGCACUCAGUUGCUUACCCUAUGAAAGGAAAGAAACCCAGGAAACUGAGCCCAUUUAGAUAACUGCUGUGGCUGUACCUUUGCUGCUACAAUUACCAGACACGCUGUAAGCCUGCUUGCUGUUUCAGCUGUUAGAACAGGAAAAAAAGAAAAAGAACUGCUGUUGCCUAAUUGUUGUACUGCAUCAACUAGCUCCUGCAGCACAGCUCUGGUUAAAUGAACAGCUAAGAAAGCAAAGACAGUUAUGGCACCUUUAUUUUUCUUGUUGACCUUUAGCUUGAAAAAGUAGAUGCGUCUGGCAUUCUUUCCCUUGAGACUGCUGGUGUUCUGCAAAGCAGCCAAAGUGGAGUGAUGUGCCUGUCAGGGCAGGAGAGGGAUCACGCUGUGUCCGUGAGGUUUGCUGUAUUAGAACACAAAACUCACAGCAGCACUAUAUCUUGCUAAAAUCCUAUGCACAACUCUUUGAAAUGUGCCUUUUGCUUCCCUCUAGCUGGUUGGAUCUCUGAAAAAAGAGGGACGCUGUGCUUCAGUGGUGCAAUUUGCAAAACCGAUGUCAGAGAAAUUAGGAUAAGACCUGAAGGCUCAUUUAAUCACUUAUUUCAAGCUUGAAUGAGAUGGCUCCAGUUACUCCCCUCCUGUGGAAACAGGAUUUUGUUGUGAUGGGCAUGAUUAAUGUAUUUAAUCUGUUUGGGACUAAGAUGUUGUGCAUGUGAAGAGUGGAAAAUGUACCAGACUUGCUGGAUCUCUCUGAUGAAGGCAGGAGAGACCUGACAAUAGCAAGCUACUCUCUUCCAUUGUGUGGGACAAGCUGCCCAGUUUGACAAGCGUGUUGGGCAUAUCUCAGUGAAGCGAGCCCUGUGAGGCAGCACUGGCAACCCUGCUCAGCCCUGCUGGACAAUGUGUUCUCCUUUCCCGAGGCCUUGUGAGGCUCUGUGGUCUCCUGUGCUGAUGUCCCUGGAGACCUUGGAUGUGACUGAUCCUCCCCACAGUGCUCUUCACCAGCACUGAACAGCUUAUCCUCAUCCCUGCCUGCUUCAUCCUCCUGACAUUUUCCUGGUUCUUUGCUGGGAAGGUCAGCCAAGCAGAACGGCUCUUGUGUGCUUUGGGAAGGAAUGAUUUAUCCUUCAAGCUCUAAUCCUCGAGAAAUAAGUUCUCUGUGAGGAUUUUGCAAGAAAAUGAAGGUGAGUGGCAAGUCUCCAAGCAGGCAUUUAUCAGAGUAGUGGGGGAGAAGUUAAACAGAAUCACAUGGUAGAAAAUAAGCUGAGCACGCGAUGCCUUUAGUCUUCCGCUUGCUUAAGACGUGAGGCUCAUGGCAGCCAGGAGCUUUUUGGUCCCUGAGCCAAGGAACAGGCAACGUGAUCAAAGAGCAGUGAUGUGCCAUUCCCGCAGCAGCAGUCAACAUUAAGCUCCUUUUGCUGUUGGGCUUUUUGCACUGGACUCGAGGAUUGCUUGACUUGAAGAAAGGCUUUGGGGUAGGGGAGCGCAGCAUCAACCCGCAUUGCUCAAGUACGCCGGGGAGCAACAAAGAGCUGCCAGGUUGCUGCUUGGUUUGACUGGAAGAAAGCAGGGUGCAUUGGAACUACUGUGUACCUUUAGGAUAGGGUGAGUUAGGGCCCAGAGCUGGAACACCCUGUGAGAGACCAGCAUUUACCUCUCUCCUUGCCUCACACUUUGUGACACUUGGUGGUUUCUAUACCUGGGGUCACGUGCAGAGCAUAUCUAUAGCUCUGAGAGGGCCAGAGGACAAACUCCUUCAUUUUGCUGUAGUUCCCAAUGUUUCUUUAAUGGUGGCCAUGUCAGACUGCAGCUGAAUAUUCUAUAUGUACAGUGAGCCCGCAAGAAUGCAUUGAAAGGUCACCUUUGGCUUAGCAGGCAUAAGCGUCUGGACUCAGAUGGUUUAUUCUCUCUCCAUCUCCCUCUAUCCUACAGCAGAGAGCCUGUGAUGUGCUUGUGGUAAUGUUAUUUUACAGCUGACUGUGUGGACAUGUGGUUUAUGUUGUAGCAGUAUCACUGGCCUGACAAACUCCAGUGUUUGAGCUAAAACUGUAAUGCUCUGUGCUGUGAGGCAGGGAGCACAAGAAUAGGGGAAGGAGAGAAAAGGGCUCAGUGUUUUGUGGUUGCUGUCCCAGUCAGGAUUAGCCGCAGUUGCUCUUGGUGUUUUACAGAGAUUUUUGUUUAUAAUUUAGAAACAAAAUAUCCCUCUUUCUCCACUUAGCCCUGUUAUUUUUGGUACCUGCCUCCACAUCAGCAACUUCUGCACAGCCUGCUCUGAGCGGUCUCUGUCUCCUGCUGUCUCCAGCACGGCUCUGUCUCUGUCCCUGGCCCUCCUCUCUGCUCUGCCUCUGUCACCUCUCUGCCUGCCCCUCUGCCAGCACCAGCUUCUCCUGGCUGCUCCUUCCCCAGAAGCAACUUUUGCCACCUCACACACAUCUCCAUCUGGAAAAUCCAGCCCUGAUGAAGCAGCAGCAGGCACCCUGAUGAAACUGGCCUCUGCUGUCCUACAGGGUGAAGGGGUGCCCUCUCCUGUCACCGCUCUGUCAUGCGGAGGCCAGCUUACAGGACACAGGCACCCCUGUGUGAUCUGUGCCUCCACCUGAGCAGGGGUCCUGCAGCCCAGAGGGGCCAGAGCUGCCGGCCUUGCUUCUUCUCUCUUCUGCUGACUGCUUCCCCUUCUGUCUGUGCUCUUUCUUUCUUCACUGUCUUGCUCUCUUUUCCACACACACACACACACACACACACUCACACACACACACACAGUGUGUGCAGCCCAGGGACCUGCCUCAUGUAGGCUGUAGUUGCUCUUCACCCUUAACUGUACGGAGCUCAUUUCCUUGGGCAAAGAUCGCUUUAUUUUCAGCUCUCACUACAGCAAGGAUUGUCUUCUCUUUCUAUUCAAUCUGAAAGCAGAGUGCAGAAAGCACGUUGUGGCUUUUAAUCCCGUGGCUGUGACCUGACAGGCCAUGGCAUCUCUCAUUAUCAACACCGUCUCACAGGAGCCCCUGCACAGUGACUGGCUCUCAUGUCAUCUCAUUCUCUCUUUCUUAACAGAUCAUGUUAUAACCUAUGAUCACAGAAAGUCCUGAUCCUCACGUUUCUCUGCUGUCACCUGUGGGCUCCUCCAGAGCCAUGAAGAAGGGGGAACUCCAGCCCCACCAUGAGAAGACUGGGUCUUCUGCGCAUGGCAACUCAACCCAUGUGAGAGUCCAAUUAUGUGAGUACCCAGCAGCACACUUUGCUGUCUGUGGACAUUGACUACCAUCUAAGAGACAACCCAGCUCCCUCCUCUCCCCCUAGGAGCCACUGUCUUAGAGCCUCCAUGUGCAUUUGCUAUGACAUACAUCAAUGUUGAUGAGAGACAGGAACACUGCCGGGUGAUCUUGAGCUGCCAAAAUAAUCAGCUCUGUGCGCAACAUGGCUUAAAGGAAUUUUCAGUUAGCAGCAUGCAUCCACUAAGGAACUUAGACACUCAUAUUUUUUCUGGGGACUUCCACACUCUACACUCCUGCCACACAGGCAAGGCACUUUUGGCCAGUCCUGUGGAAAACCGGAUGUAUCGGAGCGUGGAGAACCUUCACUGGGCAACAGUAGCUGACUCUGCGCUGUAUUCUCACUGCCGGAGCCUGGAUAACGAGAUCAUCUUUCGCUAUAGAGGCACCCGUCAGUGGUCAGAAGGCUGCGUGGAUGUGGCCCCCGUACGGAGCACGGUGGACUCUUUGAGAAGCCUUUCUCUCCGUCCUAAACAGACAUCACUGUCAGCACAGAAUGUGCUCCUCCCUCCCUUCGUCAAAGUGCCUCAGUGGCUCUUCCCUUCUGCUGAGGACAGAGCCCUACGCGAGGAUGCCAAAAAAGAGCUGAAGGAGAAGCUGAGGCUGCACAGCAAUAAGGUGGCAGAGCCCAGCAAGCCAGUGCGUCCACAGGCAGCCCUGACUGACCUGGCAGCACAGGAGUUUUCUGAAUGCCAAAUGUGCCAGCAGUACAAGAAUGGUUGUGCUGUUAGCUGCUGCACAGUUCUGGGGGAACACACCGCUCUAAGACACAGCCUCACAGGGAGGCAGAGACUCUGUGUUGCACACAGGAUCAUCAGUCCAGAAGACAUCAAGCAGGAGGCUCAGAGGAGGCUUUGGCUCCACAGGCAGAAUAGCUCCCCCAACUUGCCCUUUCAGCAUGCUGGGGAAAGCCAUGAGAUGGUGAAAUCCAGAACAGCAGAAUCCCUGGAACGACUCAGUGGGGAAACAGAUGUCAGAGAAACACUGGGGCAGAGCAAGAAAAGCCACUGCAAAGGGAGGCUGUACAUACCCACCUUUGAGGAAUUCAAGCAGAUGAGAAGUAAGGAGGCAAAUUCAUCUGCUGGCAGCAGUGAGACAACAAAGUGCGUGAAUAAGGGGCUGCUUGCAAACCAGACCCUGGAUGAGGAGAGCAAUAGGAACAUCUGUCCAGAAAUUUUGGGAACCAAAGCUGUGAAUGAAGCUGCCAUCACAGCAGAGGAUGAUGAUGACGUGUUCCAAGAAAACCACACCUCUGCUGGGUUUUCCCAAUAUCCAGUCCCAUGGGAUGGUUUCAGGAUAAGCAGCCCUGAAGUUAAGGACAGAACUAUCCAGAUCUCCAGCCCGGAUAUAUCCCUGGUGCCCAUUUGCUCUAGCCCUAUUCCACGAUCACCUUUGCAGGCAGUAGCAAUACGCAGAGCUGGGCAGGAGAUCUUCAGUGAUGAGCAGCAGAAAGGAGAGACAAGACAAUUAAAUGAUGUCCUCCACCUUGCAGGGCAGUCACUGGCUUCUGAAGCCCAGUCCUCUUGCUGUUCAUCGCUGCUGUUAGAAGGCACAGACUUGUCAAGCUAUGGAGCUAAGCUACAAAAAAUGAAGGAUGAAUUCAUAGGUUCGGCCCUGGAACUUAUUAAGAAAAGCUGCAAUGCUGAGACUGCUGCCAAAUCCCCCUCUGAGGGACAGUGUGAUCUGAAGGAAGACGAUCGCCCACCUCCAGAGGACAGCCACCAAGCCACAGCAAUGUCCAUGACAACAGAGAGCUGGGAGGAUAAGCCAAGCAAUGAGAAAUCCAGCGACACUCAACCUGCGGGGAAUACCUCCAGUCCCAGCUGCCGCCGAUCCAGCUCCGACAUCGUCCAUGAGAGCACAGAUGGUGCCAAGGCCCAGCGGGAGUGCCGGCUGCGGCCGCACUUCAGUGACCCUAUGCCAACAGACUCGGUGAAGAGGAAGCAGCUGGAGCUGAAGAUUGCAGCGGCAGCACGGCAGCACGCACAGAAACGCCGGCAGGAGCGAGACUAUGGUCCAGUGGUAGCAAAAGCCAACCUUGGCCAUGGCAGCAGCUUCGACGAGACUCGCCGUGCCCCACGUGGCUCCCUCCGUUCCAGGCAUCACUGGAGCAACGUCAGCAGCCUGAGCACAGACAGCGGGAUUGUAGGCGUGAAUGAUGUCCGUGAUGACCCGGAUCCCAGUGAGGCCACCCGGAUCAAGUCUGCAGAAGUGGAGAGGGCAGACAGUGGCAUCAGCCAGAUGUCAGCCAGGAAGUGGAGGAACAGGGCAUCCGAAACACUGAGCUCCCUGCAGGCCUGGGAAGCCCACCGGCCCUGUACCGACUGCGGAGAAAGGGACCUCCCAGUAGAGACAGACGUGCAGAACUGUAAUCAGAGGCGGGCUGACCUCUGUGAGAAGUGCCGCAAGCGUAGGACAGAGCGCAAGGAAUCUGUGCUGGAGUUUGUUAACACAGAGGCCAGCUAUGGAGAGGACCUGCGCAUCAUCAAAGAGGAGUUCUACCUCCCCAUGCAGGCAGCUGGGCUGCUGAGCCAGGAGCAGCUCCUUGGCAUCUUCAGCAAUAUUCAGGAGCUCAUUGACCUCAAUGAAAGCUUCCUGGAGAUACUUCAGGAAGAGAUCGAUCAGGCCUUUGACCAGGGGGAUGAUGACCUGAUGACCGUGUGCAUUGGCGAAAUAUUUCUGGAGUUCGUCAACAUGCUGCCAGCCUUUCAGACCUACUGUCUUCAGCAGUCCUCCUCUGUGAACAUGCUCAAUGCGCUGGAGAAGGAGAAAGAACUGCUCAGAAUAUUCCUCAACGUGUCCCAGAAUGACAACACAGCACUGCGACGGAUGAACUUGAGGUCCUUUCUGAUGGCCCCUUUGCAAAGGGUCACUAAGUACCCGCUGCUGCUCAGCAGAAUCAUCAAGGCCACCACUGAGUACCACCCAGAUCAUGGCAGCCUGCGGGAGGCCAAGAGCCGCAUCGAGUCCCACCUGGAGCACAUCAACAUGAAAACCAAGCAAGAAGGGAACACGUGGACCCUCCGCUCCUUUCGCCAAGACAGCAAGAAGAAGAGGGAAGUCAUCAACAUCGAAAUGAGAGAAACCGCCCUCAAAACGGUGGGAUGGCUGCGGGAGGAAACACGAUUUGUGAUGGAGGGGUCUCUGCAGCUGGCCCAGCCCCCCGAUGGCCAGUGGGUGAAGAAAGGCAGCAAGACCCUGAAGUUCCAGAACAUGCAGGUCCUCCUCCUGGUGAAUAUGAAGCGCGUGUCUGAGUCCAGCCUGGAGUCAGCUGAACCCGGGCCUGUGAAGGACGCCGUGCUGGUACUCAUCAGGGACAAAAAUAAUGGGAAGUUCCAUUUGCUCAGGGAGCCCUUGAGGCUGAGUAAUUGCAUUGUCUCCACUGAUCCUGACUGUGAUGACACCUUUGAACUCAUUGAAAUCAGGAGGGAGGCGUUUGUGUUCCGGGACAGCGACCGGGCACGGACUCACCACUGGUUCAGGCAGAUCAGGCGGUACUCGCGGGAGCUGGGCUCCUGGAAGAAGCGGCGGAACGCGCUGCCCAACAUCAUGAUCAGCACACCUCAUACCAGGCCCUGAGUCCUGCACGGGCAGCACGCACUGACACUGCGCUUGGCCGGAGCCACGUGCGAGGACCACGGAGAGCCUUGGUGGCUCCGUGAACUUGCUCUGCUUCGUGGACAACACGGAAAGGAGUCUGACAACCCAACUCCUACUGAGCAGUACUGGAACCAAGUGUUACAGCCUAAGCCUGGUCUCCAGCCUCAGGACUCAGAGCCUGUUUGUGGCUGAUGUACAUACACGGAGGGGCCUGCUGAGGAGCAGACCUCUGGAGGAAAAUAAUGAGUUUAACUUGUUAAUAUUGCACUGCGGGAGAAUGACGUACGAUGCUUGCAUUUGCAUGAAUUCUGUUGAAAGCCAGUCUUGAUAACGUGAGAGAGGUUUCCACCAUGGACUAUAUUUCAUCAGCAUUAGGUAAAGUCAGGGUCAAAAUUAGGGGCAGUAUUAUGCAGAAGAGGAGGAAAGUCGGAGAAAAUGUUUUCCACCACUAUUCCUAAGGACUGUAUUUCAUUUUUCACUUGUAUGUUCAGUCAAAAUACUUGUUUUAAAAGGUCUUUCAUCUUUCGUCCAAGUCAAGGAGGAGUCAAUUUACUCAGAUCCAGCUGCAUGCACACAGCACACCGAAAAGGUCAGACAGUAAUAGGGGUUCUUGCUCUCUCACGUGUGCACCCCAAAUACAUGUAAAGACCUGUGGAAGAGCAGUAUCCCCCCACUGGAAGUCUGUAUUUAAUGGACUUAGAGACUGGAACGUUACACUGCAUCUAAAAUAUCUCAGAACUGUAUGUAAAUAUGGCUCUGCUACCACUAAUAGUGAACUUAAAAAGCAAUUAUUUAAAUGAUGUAAUCUAGCGUAUUUCAGAAUUUAACUGCAAGGAACAAUUUACAUUGUCCUGUAGAGUAACAUAAAAGGUUUUAAUAAUUAUGUUUCAAUGACUUUAGGUGGGUAUUUUUUUAAAAAAAUAUUUGGGUUUUCUGGA